AUGGAUUCGCAGAGGUCCAUUGGCAACACUAACCGAUCGAGCUUAGAUCUUGGCCGUUCUUCGUCUUCGUCUUCGUCUUCUCCUUCAUCGCUAACCAAAUCGAUAUCGGAUGCAAGUAGCCAGAGUCUCUCUUCGAUCCUUAACAAUCCGCAUGGAGGGAAGUCUGGUGUUUACGGUUCCGAUGCAUCUUGGGUUGGUUGGUGGUCUUCGUCGACGUUUGUAGCUCCGUCUGAGUUCGCGCCUGUUGCUUCCACGAAACUACCCGGUUCGGAGCUGACCAGAUCCGACUUCCAUGGCUACGUCUCGUCGAUCUCUGAGUCGCAUGGUAGGUUUGAAGAUAUCAGGAACCACACGAGGGAAGAGAGCUCCGGGUUUGAUCAGGAGAGCCACGUAUCGGGUUUAGCCGCGUGCCUGCGUGAGGUUCCUUCACUCUACUUCAAGGAGGACUUUGCCCUCGAGGACGGAGCUACAUUUCGUUCUGCUUGCCCUUUCUCGAGCCUGACGGAGAAUCUAGCCCUUCAGGAGAAGCUGUCACAGUAUCUUGAUGUUGUGGAGCUGCAUCUUGUGAAGGAGAUCUCAGUGAGGUCCGAUUCGUUCUUUGAGGCGCAAGGGGAGUUACAGGAUUUGAAUGUGAAGAUCGUCGAGGGUUGUAGUCGGAUCCGCGAGUUGAAAGAGACUAUUCGGCUCCUAGACAGGAAUUUGGUGGAUUCAGCUCGGCAGAUUCAAGAGCUGAGCUCAACUAGGAUUAAUAUGUUGGAGCUGCAACGUAAAUUGAGGCUUAUUUUGUAUGUUAACCAAGCUCUCUCUGCACUCAAAUUGCUUGUUGCGUCCGCAGAUUGUGCUGGAGCUUUGGAUAUAACUGACGAUCUCCAAAACUUGUUGGCUGGGGAUGAGCUUACUGGUCUACACUGCUUCCGCCAUUUGCGGGAUCAUGUUACUUGUUCCAUAGAUUCCAUAAACAGUAUUCUCACAUCAGAAUUUAUGCGUAUCUCAAUACACAAUACUGGGGAAAUAGAUGUACUGAUUUUAUCUGCAGCAAAAGUACGGGGACCCAUUUCAUCUAACGGGAAGGCCAGUGAUGAAGUUAAGCUAGAAGAAGAGGAUACCUCUACCUUAUGUGAUCGGCUUCUUCCUCUAGUUAUUGGAUUGCUAAGAACGGCCAAGUUCCCCUCAAUUUUGAGGGAGUACCGCGAUGCACUCACAUCCGAAAUGAAAAAUGCAAUCAAGAACGUAGUUGCCGAGCUGCUUCCAAUUCUUGUUGCAAGAUCACUCGAAUCUGAUUUUUCACAUGGGGAGCGCUCAGUAGAUGUUGAUGGUGGCGGCACAUCUCUUGCGAGCAAGUUGAGGACUCUGUCGUCUGAGGCAUUUGUUAAUCUUUUAACUGCUAUAUUUAGGAUCGUUCAGGCACAUCUAGUUAGGGCUUCGGAAGUGAAAAAAGCAAUUGAGUGGAUCCUCUGCAAUACUGAUGGACAUUAUGCAGCUGAUUCAGUUGCAGCUGCCAUUGCUGUUGGUGCUGUAGCAGCCGAAACGGUGCAGGAAACAGGUUUCAAAGGCGGGUCAUUAGUGUCUUCUCCAUUGGGUAAGGCUUCCUCAAAGGCCCCUCCGUUGCAGGGAAAAUCGAGCGAUGCAUCUAGCUUGAUGAACAUGUCAAGAAACUUCAGGGCCGAUAUCUUGAGAGAAAACACAGAAGCUGUCUUUGCGGCUUGUGAGGUUACUCAUGCUAGGUGGGCAAAGCUACUAGGAGUUCGUGCUCAUCUUCAUCCAAAAUUAAAAUUGCAGGAGUUUAUGAGCAUCUAUGAUCUCACCCAAGAUUUUGUAUCAGCUUCGGAGAAGAUGGGUGGACGAUUGGGAUUUAGUAUUCGUGCGACGCUACAAUCACAAGCCAUAGCCUUUGUAACUUGCCAGCAUGAAGCUCGGAUGAAUAAACUGAAAGCUGUGCUUGAUCAAGAAACAUGGGAUGAGAUAGAUGUUCCCGAAGAAUUCCAAUCCAUAAUCAGUUCUCUUUUUCCAUCCCCGGAGUUGAUAUCUGGGAAACAUGAUGAUGCUGAUAUUAGUACAUACCACAGAAAUCCGCUCCCUCUCAAUGGGUCUCUCACUUCAGGAACUGGGGAUCAACAUACUGAAUUGCGAAAUGAAAAAUCUGAAUCUAGUGAAGGUCCUGCAGUUAGUGAUGCACAAGUGAAAUCCACAGUUUCGCCUGAGUCUGUUGAAAGAAGCAAGGCUGGUGUCUCUUCAGUUGCGAAUAAUCAAAGUAAUCAGAAGGCGCACGGAAAAUCUAAACUUUUCUAUCAAGGAGUUGGUUACCACAUGGUAAACUGUGGGUUAAUAUUGCUCAAGAUGUUGUCAGAAUACAUUGAUAUGAACAAUUCUUUGCCAGCUUUGUCCCCGGAAAUUGUUCUUCGUGUUGUUGAAGUGUUGAGGUUCUUCAACACUAGGACAUGCUAUCUUGUUCUGGGUGCUGGUGCUAUGCAGGUAUCUGGUUUGAAGUCCAUAAAAGCGAAGCACUUGGCUCUUGCAAGUCAAGUAAUCGACUUCACCUGCACUAUUAUUUCUGAAUCCAGAAGUAUUCUGCUUUCAAAAGUUCCUGAGACGAGAAAGCCACUGUUGUCAGUAGAGAUUGAUAAAGUUUCUCAGGAUUACAGGAUUCAUCGAGAUGAAAUAUACACAAAACUGGUUCAGAUAAUGAGAGAAAGACUGUUGGCGCAUCUUCAUGGGCUGCCUAAAGUUGUUGAGGGCUGGAACAGACCGCCAGACACCAACAAACAAACUAAAGAGUUUGCUUGGCCGCUCACGAGGGAAGUUGGCUACCUUCAUCGUGUGUUGUCUGAGACAUUGCAUGAAGCGGAUGUUCAAGCAAUCUUCAGGCAGGUGAUUUCAAUUAUCCACACACAAACCUCGCAAACGCUUACUAACUUGGAGAUAAGCUCUCCAGAGGCAAAGAAAAGGCUGAAGCUUCACAUUGAGCUGAUUCUCAAAUGCAUCCGGUCGUUACCAUCCGACAAUGCCAAUGAAUCAGGCAUCCCAAACUGGGGACAACUGGAUGAAUACUUUGCACAACACUUUAGAGAAGAAGAAGAAGGAAGCGAAGCUGAGUGA